UGCAUUUCUCUUUGUAGUGCCCCUUGAUUAGACCCCACCAUGGCAGAUCCAGAUCUUGAUUUCACUAGUGGAGAUGCUGGGGCCUCUGUGACCUACCCACAGCAGUGCAGCGCCCUGCGCAAAAACGGCUUUGUGCUCCUGAAGGGUCGUCCUUGCAAAAUCGUUGAGAUGUCCACUUCCAAGACUGGCAAGCACGGUCAUGCUAAAGUACACUUGGUUGGUAUUGACAUUUUCACCAAUAAGAAGUUUGAGGAUAUCUGCCCCUCUACCCACAAUAUGGAUGUGCCCAACAUAAAGAGAAUCGACUAUCAGCUGGUGGACAUCAACGAAGGGUAUCUAUCCCUCAUGAUGGACAACGGCGAUGUCCGUGAGGACCUUCGUGUUCCAGAGGGUGACCUGGGCAAGGAAAUUGAAACCAAACACGGCGCUGGUGAAGAUAUGAUGAUUACUGUGCUCUCAGCGAUGGGUGAAGAGUCUGCAGUGGGCAUUAAGGCCUUUACCAAAUAGGAAGAAAGACUGGGCUGCUCAGGCUGCAACAUGCACCACCGUAAAUCUUCUGCAUUUUUUUUUUUUUUUUCUUUCUUUAUCACCACCAAAGCAAUGGCCUUCACAAGCAACCUCAAUUUUUUUGUUAAAGUACUCCCCAUUUUUCUCCACUCAAUUCUCUGCUGGACGUAUUAGGUUGUUUUGGUAUUCUCUCAGAUCAUGCUGUUUUAUUCUUUUAGGUUUUUUUUUUUUUUUUUCAUUCCACUAGAUUUUGUCUUUAAAAUGCCACUUACAUUCCUGAAUGUUAAACAUAACGGGAUCCACUUAUGUAUUUGUUUUAUAUUCAUAUAGUACACAAAAUGAGCAGAAUUGAUGCAUUUUUGAAGGAAUAUGCAUAUGCGUUUUAAAGAUGGGGAGGAAAAGGCCCUUACUGACACUCGCCUGACUUAAUUUUCCACCUUGUACGGGUGCCAUACCCUUUUGCCUGACAUGGGUUGUUCUGUAUUUCGCACUCAAGUCGUCUCUCGUUUCAAUGCCUUUACCCAAAGUGAGAUGUGUACUGGUAGUUAGCACUUUGUAGUACUUGCUGUACUUUUGAGUACUACCGGAAACAUUUCAGUUUUUUUUAUUAAGUAAAAUCACUAAAACGGAAACUUCGGGGGAAUUUCUAAAUGACAGUUUUCCAUUGUAAAGUGGAAAGAAGAAUGUGAUGGCCAUGUGCGAUUACCUCUGUAACACAAUAACAGCCAGUCUGGUUUUGGCUGUCAUUGACAACCUUAAAUAAAGUGUUGAAGCCUG